UACAUGAAUUUCAAGCCAAACCUACUCAGUAGCGAAAUGCCACAAACUCAUCAUUCAAUGAGUGUUGUAGGCUACUCUCUAAACUCUCAAGAACUGGCAGCGUUCCACUGAUCCGGAUAACAGCCCCUAUAAGCACAUUAUUCAGAUCAGGGAGGUAAUGACGUUAAUUGUAGCAACACGGGGCAAAGUAACAUGAAUGAAAACACACAUACACACUCACACACACCUUCUUUUCGGGUAUUCAUUCUCUCGCACUCUGCAUACACUAGUUAUGAGGCAACGCAGGCGCAGUAGUUGUCCAUCACAGCAGCUUCACUGCUGUGUGUCGCUGCCUGGAAAGGAGGAUUUAAACUUCCGGCACUGUCAUGGCGGCGUGGUGGUGUUUCUGAUUGAGAAACGAGAGAACAACAAACCACCCCCACCUCUUGGUGCUUUUAUCAGUAAUCAAGGAUUUAUCAUUCGCAAUUGAGAAGAAAUACAUAAUUCGCUGGGGGAUAACAAGAAGCCUGUCGCGGCAGCGUCUUGGCCCGCUAUGGCGGCGCAUAAACCCGUAGAAUGGGUUCAGGCCGUAAUUAAUAGAUUUGACGAUCAGCUUCCGGUCAAAGUGGGCCAACAGAACACUCACUCCAAAGUCAGCACUGAGCACAAUAAGGAAUGCCUCAUCAACGUCUCCAAGUACAAGUUCUCACUGGUCAUCAGCGGCCUGACCAACAUACUGAAGAAUGUCAACAACAUGCGAAUAUUCGGGGAGGCGGCGGAGAAGAACCUCUAUCUCUCUCAGCUUAUCAUCCUGGACACUCUGGAGAAGUGCCUCGCAGGGCAACCGAAGGACAGCAUGCGUCUGGACGAGACGAUGCUGGUGAAGCAGCUCCUGCCGGAGAUCUGCCACUUCAUCCACACGUACCGUGAGGGCCACCAGUACGCCGCGCAGCUCCGAGCCUCCGCCUCCGGGGUGCUCUUCUCCCUCAGCUGCAACAACUUCAACGCCGUCUUCAGCCGCAUCUCCACACGGUUACAGGAGCUCACCGUUUGCUCUGAAGACACGGUGGACGUCCACGACAUUGAGCUCAUCCAGUACAUCAACGUGGACUGUGCCAAACUCAAGAGACUGCUGCAAGAGACCGUGUUCAAGUUCAAAACCCUCAAGAAGCCGGCCCAGCUGAGUGUCAUUAACAGUCUGGAAAAGGCUUUUUGGAAUUGGGUGGAGAACUAUCCAGAUGAGUUUACUAUGCUGUACCAGAGACCACAGGCUGACAUGGCAGAGUGUGCUGAGAAGCUGUUUGACCUGGUGGACAGCUUUGCCGAGAGUGCCAAGAGGAAGGCGGCCGUGUGGCCACUCCAGAUCAUCCUCCUCAUCCUCUGUCCUGACAUCACACAGGAACUCUGCAGGGAGACGGUGGACGACAGCAAAGUCAACAAGAAGAACUUCCUGGAUAACCUGCGUAAGGCGUUGGCUGGCCAUGGCGGCAGUAAGCAGCUGACGGAGAGCUCCGCCAUCGCCUGUGUGAAGCUCUGUAAGGCCUCCACCUACAUCAACUGGGAGGACCAUUCCAACAUCUUCCUCCUGGUGCAGUCCAUCGUGGUGGACCUCAAGGCAUUGCUGUUUAACCCGACCAAGCCCUUCUCCCGGGGGGCAGGCAGCCAGAAUGCCGACGUGGAUCUGAUGAUUGACUGCUUUGUGUCCUGCUUCCGCAUCAACCCUCACAACAACCAGACCUUUAAGGUGUGCCUGGCCUCCUCCUCCCCCCCCACUUUCCACUUCGUCCUGGUCCACUCUCUGCACAGAAUCAUCACCAACUCUCCACUGGACUGGUGGCCCAAGAUCGAUGCAGUGUACUGUUACUCGGGCGAGCUGCGCACCAUGUUCGCCGAGACGCUGGGCCGAGUCGUUCAGUCAUGCACUACACACGCCCCGCUAAAGAUGACCUCGAGCCUGACCUUCAAGGAGAAGAUGACCAGUCUGAAGCUAAGGGAGAAGACCGCCGACACGGAUAGCAAGAGCCACAACCUGCUGCUGGCGCUGGUCAAGCUGAUCCACGCCGACCCCAAACUCAUGCUGCAUAACCCCGGUAAGCAGGGCUCAGACAUCCAGAGCAGCACGGCUGAGCUGAUCACCGGUCUGGUGCAUCUGGUGCCUCAGACCAACAUGGGAGACAUCUCUCCAGAGGCCAUGGAGGCUCUGUUGGUUCUCCAUCAACCAGAGACCAUUGAGAUGUGGAACCCAGAGGCUCCCAUAGAAACGUUCUGGGACAUCAGUUCCCAGGUUUUGUUUUUCAUCUGCAAAAAGCUGAUCGGCCAUCAGAUGAUGAACAGCACUGAGAUCCUCAAGUGGCUGCGGGAGAUCCUCAUCUGCAGGAACAAAUUCCUCCUCAGGAAUAAAUUCCUGAGGCUUUCUUGCUUCUUCUCUGUGUGGGUGACCAUUCCCUCCUCACUCACUCACUCACUCCUUUGUUUUUUUUUUCUCUCUCCCCUUCUCUCCCUUUUCUCUCUCUCUCUCUCUCUCUCUCUCUCUCUCUCUCUCUCUCUCUCUCUCUCUCUCUCUCUCUGCCAGGACCGAGCGACGGCGGGCAGCGGUAUCCCCAUCUGUCGCCAGGCUCAGACGGUGCUGGAGGUGGGCCUGUACAUGUUCUUGUGGAGCCCGGACAUGGAGGCGGUGCUGGUGGUCAUGUCCUGCUUCCGCCACCUGUCCGAGGAGGCCCACAUCCGCUGCGGCGUGGACGAGGUGCCCAUCCAGACCAUCCUGCCCAACUACAACACCUUCAUAGAGUUUGCCUCCGUCAGCACCAUGAUGGCCACAGGCCGUUCAGCAUUACAGAAGAGAGUGAUGGCCUUGCUGAGGAGGAUAGACCAACCAACAUCUGGAAACAUUGAGGCCUGGGAAGACACCCACAGGAAGUGGGACCAUGCCACCAAACUACUCCUGAACCAUCCCAAGUCUAAGCUAGAGGAUGGCCAGACCCCUUUCUUCCAGGAGUGGAUAAACAUGACGGGCUUCCUGUGUGCCCUGGGCGGGGUGUGCCUGCAGCAGAGGACCACCUCCCUCCUGGGCACCUACAGUCCCCCCAUGGGGCCACUCUCGGAGCGCAAGGGUUCCAUGGUGUCCAUGGGCUCGUGCGACGGCGUCGCCGAGACUUCCCUCAGCAAGUUCCUGGACCGGCUGCUGUCGCUGAUGGUGUGCAACCACGAGAAGGGCCUGCAGAUCCGCACCAACGUCAAGGACCUGCUGGGCCUGGAGCUCAGCCCCGCUCUCUACCCCAUGCUCUUCAACAAGCUCAAGAACAGCAUCAGCCGCUUCUUCGACACGCAGGGCCGCGUUCCCAUCAAUGACACAAACACUCAGUUUGUGGAGCAGACCAUCGCCAUCAUGAAGAACCUGCUGGAUAACCACACAGAGGGCAGCUCCGAGCACCUGGGGCAGGCCAGCAUCGAGACCAUGAUGCUCAACCUGGUUCGGUAUGUGCGUAUCCUGGGCAACAUGGUCCAUGCCAUCCAGAUCAAGACCAAGCUGUGCCAACUGGUGGAGGUGAUGAUGGAGAGGAGGGACGACCUGUCCUUCUGCCAAGAGAUGAAGUUCAGGAACAAGAUGGUGGAGUAUCUCACUGACUGGGUGAUGGGCACCUCAAAUCAGGCUGCUGACGAUGACAUCAAAUGUCUGACGAGGGACCUGGACCAGGCCAGCAUGGAGGCGGUGGUGUCGCUGCUAUCGGGUCUCCCCCUUCAGCCCGAGGAGGGAGACGGUGUUGAGCUCAUGGAGGCCAAGUCUCAGUUGUUUCUCAAGUACUUCACCCUGUUCAUGAACCUGCUGAACGACUGCAGCGAGGUGGAGGACGACGGGCAGCAGGUGGUCGGCAGGAAGAGGGGCAUGUCUCGCCGCCUGGCGUCCCUCCGCCACUGCACCAUCCUCGCCAUGUCCAACCUGCUCAACGCCAACGUGGACAGCGGACUCAUGCACUCCAUAGGCCUGGGCUACCACAAAGACCUCCAGACCCGAGCCACCUUCAUGGAGGUGCUGACCAAGAUCCUCCAGCAGGGCACGGAGUUCGACACGCUGGCGGAGACGGUGCUGGCCGACCGCUUCGAGAGGCUGGUGGAGCUGGUCACCAUGAUGGGGGACCAGGGGGAGCUGCCCAUCGCCAUGGCGCUGGCCAAUGUGGUGCCAUGCUCCCAGUGGGAUGAGCUGGCCCGGGUUCUGGUGACGCUGUUUGACUCGCGGCACCUCCUGUACCAGCUGCUGUGGAACAUGUUCUCCAAGGAGGUGGAGCUGGCCGACUCCAUGCAGACGCUCUUCAGGGGCAACAGCCUGGCCAGUAAAAUCAUGACCUUCUGCUUCAAGGUGUAUGGUGCCACUUACCUGCAGAAGCUUCUGGAACCUCUGCUCAGAUCUGUCAUCACGGCCCCUGAGUGGCAGAUGAUCAGUUUCGAGGUGGAUCCUACCAGGCUGGAGGCGGGGGAGAUCCUGGACGAGAACCAGAGGAACCUGCGGCAGAUGACCCAGCGCUUCUUCCAGGCCAUUGUCAGUUCCUCCACAGAGUUCCCCCCACAGCUCAGGAGCGUGUGCCACUGCCUCUUCCAGGCCACUUGCCACUCUCUCCUGAGCAAAGCCCCCGUAAAAGACAAAAAGGAGAGCGAUAAAGCAGUGGUAAGUCAGCGGUUCCCUCAGAACAGCAUCGGUGCGGUGGGCAGUGCCAUGUUCCUGCGCUUCAUCAACCCUGCCAUCGUGUCGCCCUAUGAGGCGGGCAUCCUGGACAAGAAGCCUCCGCCCAGGAUAGAGAGGGGCCUCAAGCUCAUGUCAAAGAUUCUGCAGAGUAUUGCCAAUCACGUGCUGUUCACCAAGGAGGAGCACAUGAGGCCGUUUAAUGACUUUGUGAAAAGCAACUUUGAUGCGGCCAGAAAGUUUUUCUUAGACAUCGCCUCUGACUGCCCGGCCAGUGACUCUGUGAACCACAGCCUGUCCUUCAUCAGCGACGGCAACGUUUUGGCUCUGCACCGCCUCCUGUGGAACAACCAGGAGAAGAUCGGCCAGUACCUCUCCAGCAACAGGGACCACAAGGCUGUGGGAAGAAGGCCGUUUGAUAAAAUGGCGACCCUGUUGGCGUACCUGGGGCCCCCCGAGCACAAACCGGUGGCAGAAACACACUGGUCCAGCCUGAACCUCACCAGCUCCAAGUUUGAGGAGUUCAUGACCAGGCAUCAGGUCCAUGAGAAAGAGGAGUUCAAAGCACUCAAAACCCUCAACAUAUUCUACCAGGCUGGCACCUCGAAGAAUGGAAACCCUGUCUUCUAUUACAUAACGCGAAGGUUUAAGACGGGCCAGAUCAACGGCGACCUGCUCAUCUACCACGUGCUGCUCACGCUAAAGCCGUACUACGCCAAGCCCUAUGAGAUCGUGGUGGACCUAACCCACGCGGGGCCCAGCAACCGCUUCAAGACCGACUUCCUGUCUAAGUGGUUCGUGGUGUUCCCGGGCUUUGCCUAUGAGAACGUGGCGGCCAUCUACAUCUACAACUGCAACACGUGGGUGCGCGAGUACACCAAGUACCACGAGCGGCUGCUGACGGGCCUGAAGGGGAGCAAGAAGCUGCUCUUCAUAGACUCGCCGGCGCGCCUCGCCGAGCACGUGGAGCCCGACCAGCAGAAGCUCCCCGCCGCCACACUCGCCCUUGAGGAGGACCUCAAGGUCUUCCACAACGCCCUUAAGCUCGCCCACAAGGACACCAAAGUCUCCAUCAAGGUGGGUUCCAACGCGGUCCAGGUGACCUCAGCGGAGCGCACGCGUGUGCUAGGCCAGUCGGUCUUCCUGAACGACAUCUACUACGCCUCGGAGAUCGAGGAGAUCUGCCUGGUGGACGAGAACCAGUUCACCCUGACCAUCGCCAACCAGGGCACGCCGCUCACCUUCAUGCACCAGGAGUGCGAGGCCAUCGUCCACUCCAUCAUCCACAUCCGCACGCGCUGGGAGCUCUCCCAGCCCGACUCCAUCCCCCAGCACACCAAGAUCAGGCCCAAAGACGUGCCGGGGACGCUGCUCAACAUCGCCUUGCUCAACCUGGGCAGCUCCGACCCCAGCCUCAGGUCUGCUGCCUACAAUCUGCUGUGUGCCUUAACCUGCACGUUUAACCUGAAGAUCGAGGGUCAGCUGCUGGAAACGUCAGGCCUUUGUAUCCCGGCCAACAACACGCUCUUCAUCGUGUCCAUCAGCAAGACCCUGGCGGCCAACGAGCCCCACCUCACCCUGGAGUUCCUGGAGGAGUGCAUCUCCGGCUUCAGCAAAUCCAGUAUUGAGCUGAAGCACCUGUGUCUAGAGUACAUGACCCCGUGGCUGCUGAACCUGGUGCGCUUCUGCAAACACAACGACGACGCCAAGCGCCAGCGGGUCUCCGCCAUACUGGACAAGCUCAUCACCAUGACGAUUAACGAGAAACAGAUGUACCCCUCCAUCCAGGCCAAGAUAUGGGGCAGCCUGGGGCAGAUAACGGACCUGCUGGAUGUGGUGCUGGACAGUUUCAUUAAGACCAGCGCGACCGGAGGCCUGGGCUCCAUCAAGGCCGAGGUGAUGGCCGACACCGCCGUCGCUCUUGCCUCCGGGAACGUCAAGCUGGUGUCUAGCAAGGUCAUCAUCCGCAUGUGCAAGAUCAUCGACAAAACGUGCCUGUCUCCCACGGCGACGCUGGAGCAGCACCUGAUGUGGGACGACAUCGCCAUCCUGGCGCGCUACAUGCUCAUGCUGUCCUUUAACAACUCGCUGGACGUGGCGGCGCACCUGCCCUACCUGUUCCACGUGGUGACGCUGCUGGUGGCCACCGGGCCGCUCUCGCUCCGCGCCUCCACCCACGGCCUCGUCAUCAACAUCAUCCACUCGCUCUGCACCUGCUCCCAGCUCAACUUCAGCGAGGAGACGAAGCAGGUUCUGCGCCUGAGCCUGACGGAGUUCUCCCUGCCCAAGUUCUACCUGCUCUUCGGGAUCAGCAAGGUGAAGUCCGCAGCGGUCAUCGCCUUCCGCUCCAGCUACCGUGACCGCUCCUUCUCACCAGGCUCCUACGAGCGCGAGACCUUUGCCCUCUCCUCCCUGGAGACUGUCACCGAGGCCCUGUUAGAGAUCAUGGAGGCCUGUAUGAGAGACAUCCCUGGGUGUCGAUGGCUGGACCUGUGGACAGAGCUCGCCCAAAAGUUUGCCUUCCAGUACAACCCGUCCCUGCAGCCUCGGGCCCUGGUGGUGUUUGGCUGCAUCAGCAAGCGAGUGAGCCACGGCCAGAUCAAACAGAUCCUGCGCAUCCUCAGCAAAGCCAGCCCACUGCUCAGCAUCGACAGAGGCCUGGAGAGUUGUCUUAAGGGCCCCGACAGUUACAACAGCCAGACGCUGAUCGAGGCCACAGUCAUCUCCCUGACCAAGCUUCAGCCUCUGCUCAACAAGGACUCCCCCAUGCACAAAGCUUUGUUCUGGGUGGCCGUGGCGGUUCUGCAGCUGGAUGAGGUGAACCUGUACUCGGCCGGCACCGCUCUGCUGGAGCAGAACCUCCACACGCUCGACAGCAUGCGCGUGUUCGACGACAAGAGCCCUGAGGAGGUCUUCAUGGAGAUCCGGAAACCUCUGGAGUGGCAGUGCAAGCAGAUGGACCACUUCGUGGGCCUCAACUUCAACUCUAACUUCAACUUUGCGCUCGUAGGACACCUGUUGAAAGGCUACAGGCACCCCUCUCCAAACACGGUGGCGCGCACCGUCCGUAUCCUGCACACACUGCUCGGGCUGGUGGGGAAACACCGGCAGUGUGACCGGUUUGAGGUGAACACCCAGAGUGUGGCUUACCUGGCAGCUCUCCUCACCGUCUCCGAGGAAGUGCGUAGCCGCUGCCGCCUGAAACACAGGAAGUCACUGCUGCUCCCUGAAAUCACCAUGGAGAACAUUCCCAUGGACACGUACUAUAUGCAUCACAGUGACCCCAGCUGCAGGACGUUGCGGGAGAACCAGCCGUGGGCAUCGCCCAAUGUGUCGGACCGGUACCUGACGGCCUACUACCCCACGGUGGGGCAGAUCAGCCCCCGCACUCGCAAGUCCUUGAGCCUGGACAUGGGCCAGCCCUCGCAGGCCAACACCAAGAAGCUGCUGGGAACCAGGAAGAGUUUCGACCACCUGAUGCCCGACACCAAGGCACCAAAGAGGGCAGAGAUGGAGGCUGGCCUCACGACGCCACCAAAGAUGCGGAGAGUGGCAGAGAACGACUAUGAGAUGGAGCCCCAGCGGAUGUCCCAGCACCACCAGCUCAGGAAGGUGUCAGUGUCCGAGUCCAACGUGCUGCUGGACGAGGAGGUCCUCACCGACCCCAAGAUCCAGGCUCUGCUCCUCACCGUGCUGGCCACACAGGUGAAGAACACGACAGAUGAGUUUGACCAGAGGAUCCUUUAUGAAUUCCUAGCAGAAGCAAGCGUUGUCUUCCCAAAGGUCUUUCCAGUUGUGCACAACUUGCUGGACUCUAAGAUCAACACGCUGUUGUCCAUGUGCCAAGACCCCAACCUCCUGAACCCGGUCCAUGGGAUCGUCCAGAGCGUAGUUUACCACGAGGAGUCGCCCCCUCAGUACCAGCCCUCAUACCUGCAAAGUUUUGGUUUUAAUGGACUCUGGAGGUUUGCGGGGCCUUUCUCUAAGCAAACCCAGAUCCCAGACUACGCUGAGCUAAUCGUGAAGUUCCUGGACGCGCUGAUCGACUCCUACCUGCCCGGCAUCGAGGAGGAAGCGAGCGAAGAGGCGCUGCGGACGCCCACCUCGCCCUACCCGCCCGCCGUGCAGAGCCAGCUCAGCAUCGCCGCCAACCUCAACCUGUCCAACUCCAUGACCUCGCUGGCCACCUCGCAGCAUGCACCAGGCAUCGACAAGGAGAACGUGGAGCUGUCUCCGACCUCAGGCCACGGCAGCGGUAGCCGGGCGCGGCACGGUUCGGCCAGUCAGGUGCAGAAGCAACGCAGCGCCGGCAGCUUCAAGCGUUCCAGCAUCAAGAAGCUGGUGUGACGAGUGCCCGGCCGCCGACGCCCUGCCCGGGCACGUGUGCCCGUCUUAACACCGAUCCUCUACGCCACACCACACCACACCAGUGGUCUAGCUAACCUGACCAGCUGCUGUCUGGUUUCGCCUGUGAUUGGGCUUUUUUUCAGUCUCCAUCUCCUUGGUUAGACGCCACGUCCUUAACGACGCCUGGCGAUCAACAUUUGUUGGGAGAGCUACCAGGAGCAGAUUCUCAUGUUGUUUUUCUAAAAGGGUCCAGUGUUCGGUAUGUUUUGGGAUGACCUGGAAGCGUCUCUUUAAGGGGGUGUGUGUGUGUGUGUGUGUGUGUGUGUGUGUGUGUGUGUGUGUGUGUGUGUGUGUGUGUGUGUGUGUGUGUGUGUGUGUGUGUGUGUGUGGGUACACACACCCAAGUUAUCUGAAGUAAUCUGACACUAAAUGAGUGCACUGAAACAUUGAAACGGCGCAGUUACCAUGGAGACGGCGGCCAUUGCGUUACCUCUUCUGUUGUUUGCUGUGUUCUGUUUUAGAACGGAAGUAUUCUUCAAUUUGCACAUCAGUGAUUUUUUUUUUUUUUUUUUUUUUUUUUAAAAUUACACUUCUUCUUUUUUUUAAUGGGAACAUUUUCUUUCCUGAGAGUUUAAGACGACGGACAUGGAACUGUGGACAAGAAGGAGGGGCAGGGUGAGACCCGAGACUUACUGAUGGGGAGGAGGGGAGGGCCAGCAGGUACGUGGCCUGGAGGUGUUUCAUCUGACUUUGCCGUGAGGUGUCACCCUCGAUGUGAAGACCCCGUCAUUCCUUCGAAGCACCACCACCACCACCACCACCACC